AUGCAGCGCGCCCACGAGGAGCCUGCGCGCGCGCCCGCGUCGUCUCUGGCGCCCGGCGCCGCCGCGGCGGCCCCCACGCGCGGCGGCGGCAUCGACACAACCCGUGUCCUCAACCUCUUCGGCUUCGUCGGCCCCGUCGCGUCCCUCAUGUCGCACUCGCUCUUCCCCCACGGCGCGCCGUCCCCCGGCGGCGGCGCGGCGCGCGGCGCGGCGCACAUCCAGCGCGCUGCCGGCAUCGGCGGCGGGGAGGGGCGGCUGAAGCACCUGGGCGGCGCCCUCUCCGGCAACACCACGCGGUUCGUGCUGUCCCAUACAGAGGACGCCAUUGAUUCGGUCCUGCCCUGCGCCGCUGAGCGCAUGUUCAAGCGGCCGGGCAAGUUUGCCAACGCCGACAACCUGCGCUUCAACUACGCGUCGUGA